AUGGAGAACUACGAGAAAGUCCACAGGAUCGGCCAAGGUGGGAGCGCAGAGGUUUUUCUCAUGAAGAACACAAGGACACAGGAGCUGUUUGCCGUGAAGAAGGUCAAGAUCUGCCCAAGUAAGAGGCUGCAGAACAAGGAGGCUGUGUUGCAGGAGGUGGCCAUCCUGUGCACCCUCCGGCAUCCCCACGUGGUGGCAUGCCACGACAACUUCUUUGACGCAGAGAAGGAUCAUGUCUUCAUAGUCCAAGACUACUGUGACGGCGGCUCCCUGGACCAGCACAUUAGGAUGAAGACAGAGGGCUACUUCCCCGAGGCCACCAUCUUGGAGUGGUUUGUGCAACUGGCUGUGGCUGUCGAGUACAUCCACUCCUUGAAGAUCCUGCAUCGAGACAUCAAGGCCUCCAACGUGUUCCUCACAAAGACACGGCUGCUGAAGCUGGGGGACUUUGGCAUCGCCAAGGUCAUGGACAGCACAACGGACAUGGCAAGCACCUUCGUGGGCACCCCUUACUACCUGAGCCCCGAGCUCUGCGAGGAUGUGCCCUACAGCUCCAAAUCUGACAUCUGGGCGCUGGGCUGUGUACUCUUCGAGCUGUGCGCGCUGAAGCCUCCCUUUAACGGCCUCAGUUUGGGCAGCUUGUUUAAUAAGAUUGUGAAGGAGGACUACGCUCCUGUCCCAGAGUGUUACUCAGAACCUCUGCACAGGUUGGUCCAAGUUAUGCUGCAAAAGGACCCGGAGGAGAGGCCCAGUGCUGCUGCCAUUCUCAACAACCAGUAUGUUCAAAAGCACCUCAGACUCUUCCUUCUGUAUCAAGAAACCCAGCUCCUGAACAAGCCACAUUUGGAAGCAUCACAUGAUGGAGAUGGUAGUGGGCUCAGCCCACCUGGACUGCACCAGACAGGGCCACUGGGCUAUGCAGGUGACACAGACCAAACGGUAGUAUCUAUACCGCUUCGUUCUCACCAGCAGCACACUGAACACCGUGACCCAGAGGAUGUCUCUAGCACCCUUAGCAGCAGUUCUGAUUAUUCAGAAGACUUUGAAAGCACAAGCACUUCCUCAAUUAGCAGUUCAGAUGAGGAUGCUACAGAGACCACGGAGACACCCACUGAGACUGACUCUGAGGAUGAGUGGGGGCUGAGCAGUUAUCCUGAGGACUUUGAGGAUUCUGAGGAAGGCCCGGAGGAAUCAGAGAACCAGUGUAGUCUGCAGAAGGCCAAGUUCUCCUCCCCUCUGGGCAAGCUGCAACCAAGUACAGGUGAGGACAGCAGCUGUGGAAGCGAGGAAAACAGCUGGCCCCACAAGGGCUCGCAACCUGCAACUGAGCACCAGUGGGACUCUACACACUUGGAGACUUGUUACCUGCUCCAAAGCCUGGACCUAGAAAACACCUAG